UACAUUCCCGGUCUGUCGGUGGGUGCUGUGAGUGACGGCGGCAGCUGCGGAGCUGAAAGAAGAUUUUUUCUCCUGGGACUUCGCGUCUGAUCUAGAGGCAACGUGAGGAGCGCACAUACCUCCAGAAAACGGACAUGACCCUCCGUCCUGCACCAGACAGCUGCUGAGGAGCUCGGCUGGUAAAAACAGGCGUUGGGAUAAAGAUAAAUAUUUCCCUUUUCAUGGGACUAUAGUAUGGGAGCGCUAUGUUGUCCAGGAAAGGACUCAUUCCUGAGGAUUACUUGCUCACACGUUUGGCUGAGAAUGUCCAGCAGCCAAAGUUUAAAGCCAAACCGAGGAAAGCUCGAUUUGUCGCCAAGAAUGGCACCUGCAAUGUAGCGCACACCAACAUCCGAGAGCAGGGUCGAUUCUUGCAGGACGUCUUCACAACUCUGGUGGAUUUAAAAUGGCUCCACACGCUCAUCAUUUUCACCAUGUCCUUCCUGUGCAGCUGGCUCCUCUUCGGGAUGAUCUGGUGGCUCAUUGCCUUUGCGCACGGCGACUUGCACCAGACAGACGAAGAGUUUGUCCCGUGCGUAACGAACAUCCACUCCUUCUCCUCCGCUUUCCUCUUCUCCAUAGAGGUGCAGGUGACCAUCGGCUUUGGGGGCCGGAUGGUCACGGAGGAAUGCGUAUCUGCCAUCAUCCUCCUGAUCACACAGAACAUCGUCGGGCUGCUCAUUAACGCCAUCAUGCUUGGCUGCAUCUUCAUGAAAACUGCGCAGGCCCAUCGGCGCGCAGAGACGCUCAUUUUCAGCAAGCACGCCGUCAUCUCCGUGCGGAACAACAAACUGUGCUUCAUGAUCCGCAUCGGGGACCUGAGGAAAAGCAUGAUCAUCAGCGCCACCGUGCGGCUGCAGGUGGUCCGGAGCACCUCCACACAGGAGGGCGACGUGGUGCCUCUGGACCAGGUGGACAUCCACAUGGAUAACCCGGUGGGCACCAAUGGCAUCUUCCUGGUGUCCCCGCUAAUUAUCUGUCACGUGAUCGACAAGGACAGCCCUCUGUAUUCGAUGUCAGCUUUCGACCUGCAGCACGAGAACGUGGAGGUGGUGGCAGUGCUGGAGGGGGUGGUGGAGACCACGGGCAUCACCAUGCAGGCCAGGACCUCCUAUGUGUCGGAGGAGAUCCUGUGGGGGCAGCGCUUCGUGCCCACAGUCUCGGAGGAGGACGGCAUGUACGCGGUGGACUACUCCAAGUUCGGGAACACAAUGAAGGUCCCGACUCCCUCCUGCAGCGCCAAGAAACUGGACGAUGUGGGAGGCAUCGCGCGCUUUAAGCUGAACGAGGGCGUCACCUUGCGGGCGACCGGGAGAAGGCGGCGGGCCUCCGCGGCCUCCCGCAGGUCCCGGAUGGAAAAGUGAACUAUGUAGGCUAAACCAGCAUUUUAUAUCUGAAUGAAUUAUUUAAGGUUUAAAGAUGUUUAAUUGACAAAUAUGAUUUUAUAAUUAAUAUAUGUUGCUCUUAUCAGUAAUCCACAUCACAGUUCUAUAUGCAGUCAGAUAAACGCACAUCAACUCAGGGUUAGUGUGCCCAUGCACAUAGAUUGCACUGAGAAUAACAGUAUGUAAGUCUUGUAAAAACUGGGGAGUUCUGGUACCCAGAAUGAAAAGAAAGUUCAGUUUGGAUGAGUUUGAUUUCUUUGUUUUAAUCAAAAGUGGCUGCAUGUAUUUAUAAGCAAUAAAGGAUAAUACCUCAUUUUAAUAAGUGUGUUGUUUAUAAGGAGUCUUGAUAAUUUGAAAAAUCAUGAUUUUUAAAAAGGACACAAUGAUUUAUAUUUUUUUCAAGCAGAAAAUCCAGUAUGCCAAAUGAUUUGGCAGCAUUUUGAUAGAGAUAACUUUAAAUUGGUAAAGAAAUCGAGACAAAGAUCUAUGCAAUACAUUUGUAUAAUGUCAUAA